AGUGUUUCCAAAUUUGCUGUGUGUCCUGCUUCAAGAAGCGGAGCGGCGGGAACGAAAUAUUCAACAUUUCAUCCAAGAACGUUGACGAUUCGCAAGCUCGUCCCUGUCCAAAGUGCAUUGCUAGUGGAAAAAGUAGUGAUUUGCCAGCGAUGGAACCAGAUCAGAAUGCGUCUUCGUCGGCGUGUAUGGUCUCUGAAUUCUGUAAGAUUCACCUUGAGAAAUGUAAGUUUUACUGCACCCAGUGCCACGUGGCCAUCUGUGCCCUGUGCGUCGACGAGGGCCAACCGCACGAACAGCACCACAUCGACAACUACUCCAUCGUCUACCAAGACAAAGUAUCGGAAAUGAACCGCAAGUUGGACCAGGUCGAUUCCUCGGCUAAAUGCAGCGCCGUUUACGGAUGGAAUCUGAAAAUGUUGGAGAAGGAGGAGGCAGCGGUGCUGAAGGAGAUCGAAGCCUUGUCGGAGUCGUCAAAAUUGAAGGUAACGCGAAUGACGAGCAUCCGGAAGGAGCGGCUCCGCGCGAAGCUACAAUAUCCGUUGCAAGAUGGAAAGAUUGUAACUGAAGCAAGGGACAUGAUAAGGACCUCAACCAUGGAUGAGUUUAUGAAGAGUCUGUCGAAGUUGGAUCAGAUCUGCACAAAUCUGGCCUCGUCCACAUCGAAACAUGAUUUUUGUUUGGAGACGGCGGAUGAUAUUGAGUGCGAUCUGGUGCCGGCGUACAGUUUCGUACUGUUCACAUCAGAGGGCCUGUUUCGAACGGGCAAUUCCGAAUGCAAAUUCACACUGGACGCGUCUUAUGACAUCGUUUGGAACAUAACUCUUCUGAAGUCGGAUCAACUUCAAAUCACGGUCAGUCCCAAUGAUCCCGAAGUGCUGAAAUUUCCCCACAAUCUGGUGGUGAUAAUACCACAUCCCAACUCGGAAGAAGAAAUCCGUCAAACGUUCGAAGUAAAGGACAACAUUUCAACUUUCGACGUUAUACAAGUGUCCCGACUGGUCCUACAGGGGUUCCAAAAGGACAACAACGAAGAUCUGGAGGUGAAAGUUGGAAUUCGUCCUGUGAACGCUGUGGUUGAGAAGCAGCUGUUGACCUACCGAUACGAAGAAGAGAUGGAAAGAGUGGACUAGUGAGUAUUCAUCAUGCAUUUGGA